AUGCCUACUCUCAAUGUGACUGUCCAACUAGCGGGAGUUGUCAAUGACAUCAAGAGCAUGGCUGACUACCGCAUCUUCCCGGUCAUACUAGAAAGUGUACUGCUUGCCCUGCACGCCGUGCUCAUUGUACUUCUCUGUAUCAAGUACUGGGGCGACAAAGACCGCGUUCUCGGGGUCUUUGCGGUGUCCGCCUGCCUUUUCAUCAUGACUGCGGCUGAAUGGGCGCUGGACAUCUGGGUUCUCGCUCUAGAGCUGUACAGGCUCCUUCCUAGUCGUCUAUCACCAGAUGGCGUCAGCAUUCCUAUCAAUGAAGCCCUGAAGGAGCUCAACGGGAACGUUACGUUUGCGCGUGACACUUGCUUGACGGUUGUUUUUAUUCUCUGCGACUCCAUCUCACUUUGGCGGGCCUAUGUCAUAUACGGCAGACCUAUGUGGCUCAAGUUCACAUGCUGCUCGCUGGUUGCCGUGUCCUGCAUUCUUUACUUGCUAGACAUGGUUGUAGAUCUCGGAAAAGAUCUGAUGACCCCUGCGGCUAUGGUAAUCCAUAAUUCUACGCUCGGUCGAGGUGUUGCGAUUAGGGCCAUAGCCAAUACGGCUUUAGCGAUUACAGCGUUGUCACAAGUCCUGGCAACGGUAUUGAUCGCUAGAAAGGCUAUAUUGUACCGAAAGGAGAUGAAGCUUCUCUUAUCCGCUGGCCCGUACAACUUCCGAAUGCUGGUGCCGAUACUUUACGUAUUGGUAGAGACGGGCAUCGUCUACUCGCUUCUAUGGGUCAUCUUCGUGAUAUCAAAUAGCGGAAACGUUGACACGGCAGCAACAUACUGGUCAGAAUACUGGAUAGGUCAGAUCUCGGGAAUCUAUCCCACACUCAUCGUGGUCGUGGUCUCAAGACGGGCCUCCAUACUAGAACAAAGCAUCCAUUGCGCGCCUGCCCUUCAGAGCACGUCCAUCCACUUCGCCACAAAUAUCGAUAUGGAAGAGCUCGAACUUCCGAGUGGCACGCUAGACGUGACCCGCAAACACGGAGAGUUAGCGAUCAAUCGAGCGGAUAGUGACUAUAGUAGUUAUGUAUAG